AACCCGGAAGCAACAUGGCGGUCUCGCCAGAGCAGCAAAUUUCGACCAGUCAUUUUGUUAGAGAGAUUGAGAAAAAUAAUGGCUCUGUUCUGAAGAUAUAUCAGUACAGCACAGGCGACGUUGGCUGCGUGGUUUGGGAUGCGGCUAUUGUGCUUUCAAAAUACCUCGAAACAGAACAGUUUUGUCAUUUCCGCUCCGGUGUCAGUACAUGGUCCUCUAAACACAUGCUCGAGCUUGGCGCGGGGACAGGAGUGGUAGGUCUCAUGGCCGCCUCUCUGGGAGCCAAUGUCAUAGUGACAGAUCUGGAGGAUCUCCAACCUCUCCUUGAACUAAACAUCCGGGAAAACCAAGGGCUCUUCGGUACAGGCUCAGUCACAGCCAAGGUACUGAAAUGGGGUGAAAAUGUGACAGAGUUUUUGCCACAUCCAGAUUACAUUCUAAUGGCUGACUGCAUCUAUUAUGAACAGUCUGUGGUGCCUCUGGUGGAGACGUUGAAGCUCCUGGCUGGACCUGAGACUUGCGUCAUCUGCUGCUAUGAGCAGCGCACUAUGGGAGUGAAUCCUGAAGUGGAGAAGAGAUUUUUUGAGUUGCUGUUGCAAGACUUUGAGGCUGAGAAGGUGCCGGCUGAAAGACAAGACCCUGAGUUUAAUAGUCCCGACAUCCACAUUCUCCAUCUACGGCGCAGACAUGGCUGAAUGGCUUUCAACUUGUCAGCCAUUUAUGUAUAUUGUUCCACAAUUGAACAUCACUACCAUGAGUUAUCACUCAGAAAAACACCAUAGGUGUAUUUGCUCAGUAAAAAUGGCAGAUAAGCCAAUCAGCAUAUGAUUCUGUAAGUAUUGCAUAUGCGUUUUAAACUAUACUAUAUUAACUGACCCCCGGGAAGCCCAAGCUGUCGUGACUUGAUUUUCCUGUUUGAAAGAUGAGGCAGUGAGGUAACUGGAAAAUGUUUUGUUCACUGUAUAUUGUAUACUGUAUAAACAUAUUGUAUAUGUUUGAUUUAGCUAACAUUAGACAAGGAAAUACUGUAGGUAACAUUACUUAACAUAAAUGAAAACAUUUGUCUGACAAUGAUCAAAAAUGACACAAUAAGUCUGAAAACGUUGACCAAAAAUUUAGGCCUACAGUUAAGCAUCAAAUCCAACACUUUACAAACAUUAUUAAUAGCAAUGAUGAUUACGCAUUUGUCUUCUUUGGGGUUGUUAUUGAGGGGCAGGUAGGGUGUAAAUCACAAGUUUAUGAUUGUGUUCUGCAUUUUUAGUGCAGUAGCUUUAAGUUUCAUCUACUUAAGAAUAAAUGUCAUACCUCCUAAGAUAGUAUUUAAGGCAUGCAAGCUUGUUUGGUCAUAUUGGAUUGUAAAUAAAAACAGACUUUUCAGGCACUGGA